AUGACUACUCGCAGUACGCCUCACGUCUUUUUGUCUAAUAUACUACUGACCACGUGUGCAGACUUCAAUGAAGCUCAGUGCCAAGCCACGAAGGAUGCGGGCACCAUCGUCGGUCUCCAGGUCGUCCGUAUCAUCAACGAGCCCACGGCCGCUGCCAUCGCGUACGGUCUCGACAAGAAGGGCGGCGAAUCUCAAAUUAUCGUCUACGAUCUCGGUGGUGGAACCUUCGAUGUUUCGCUGCUCUCAAUCGACGACGGCGUCUUCGAGGUCUUGGCCACUGCUGGUGACACCCACCUCGGUGGUGAGGACUUUGACAACCGUGUGAUGGACUAUCUCAUCAAGCAGUCUCGGGCCGAGAAGGCGAAGCGCACACUUUCGAGCCAGCAGUCAACCCGCGUCGAGAUCGAAAGCUUCGAGAAUGGCAAUGACUUCUCGGAGACGCUUACUCGCGCCAAGUUCGAGGAGCUCAACAUGGAUCUGUGGGUAUUCGACGCAGUAGACUCGCGAGCUGCUGACUUAUGUUUGCCUCAGGUCGUCCUUGUUGGUGGCUCGACUCGUAUCCCCAAGGUCCAGCAGCUCCUCAAGGAGUACUUUGGCAAGGAGCCGUCGAAGGGCAUCAACCCCGAUGAGGCCAUCGCGUACGGUGCCGCCGUCCAGGGUGGAAUUCUAUCGGGUGACAAGGAUUUCGGUGACAUUGUCCUUGUCGAUGUCUGCCCGCUUACGCUCGGUAUCGAGACCACUGGCGGCGUGAUGACCAAGCUCAUCGCCCGCAACACCGUCAUUCCCACGCGCAAGAGCCAAAUCUUCUCGACGGCCGCAGACAACCAGCCUACAGUUUUGAUCCAGGUCUUUGAGGGAGAGCGGUCGUUGACGAAGGACAACAACUUGCUCGGCAAGUUCGAGCUUUCUGGCAUCCCACCCGCGCCCCGUGGUGUCCCGCAGAUCGAGGUGACGUUCGAAAUUGACGCGAACGGUAUCAUGAAGAUCUUCGCGAAGGACAUGGGAGCCGGGAAGUCGAACUCUGUUACCAUCACGUCCGAAAAGGGCCGCCUGUCGCCCGACGACAUCGAGCGGAUGGUCAAUGAGGGGGAGGAGUUCACGGCGGAGGAUGAGGCACAGCGGAAGCGCAAGCGCAUCGAGGCGCUCAACGGGCUCGGUCGGCGAACGACGGACGGAUGA